CAAAGUCCCCAAAAGUAAAGAACCAAAAAGAGCCACACUGUUUUCAAAUUCUCUCUAUCCUGUUUCAUUUCUAGCUCCCUCCACCACUCUCUCUCUCUCUCUCUCUCUCUCUCUCUCUCUCUCAUGGUUUUGUUCAUGGGUACUAUGGGUAAAGGGGUGAGCAGGCUGAACUAUCAGUAUCAGCCACCCCCAGCAGUGGUGGCUCCGCCGCCCCCGGGCCACUGCCAGCGCCGGUCCAUCGAGACACUCGUGGUGGUGUUGGCAGUGAUCACGAUCGCCGGGGUCAUAGCUGGGAUCAUUGCCCGGAUAUGCGGGGGGCGGCAUUUUGGCAGAAACGGGGAGAAUGACAUAGAAGGAUGGAUAGAGAAGAAGUGUAGGAGCUGCAUUGAUGGCGGUGUUCAGGCGGCAGCGCCACCGGAGGAAGGGAAGCCGGCGAGUACAGAGGAAGCAAAGAAAUGAAAGCAUGAAAAGGGUAAAAGGGAGCACUUUCGGUGCAGCACUGUAUGGUUAAAGGGCCAGUGAAAGUAGUAUAAUUAGCUGUCUCUUCAUUGUUGUCUGUUGCUAAUGUGUCUUAGCUUUGCUUUUUCAGAUUAGCAAAUGCAUUGAUUCCCCUUUUCUAGUUCAAUUCUUUUUUUGUUAUGUAUGUUAAACUCUUCUUCUUCUCUUCUUCUUCUUUGUUUUGGAAUCAUGUAGUGAUGUAAUAUGUUAAUAUUCAUAUUUCCUGGUGUCAUUGCGGUACUCCAAAACAAGUACGAGAAUGAGAUGUUAUGAAUGUCAUAUUUUUUGAAAAUAAGCAAAUGCCCGAACUUGAUCAUAAUAGAAUCAUAAUAGAAUUAUUACAAUAUGUUACUUUA